AUGCGCUCUCGCGCCAAUCCUGGCCGAAUAUCGACUGCGCUGGUCCUCAGCUACGCUUUCGACUGGCUGAUUUUAAUCUGCGCUGCAGGAAUCGGGGCAGCUCUUUCGAUCAUCACGCCCAACAAGCGACCCUUUUCCCUCUCCAACCCCGAAAUCAGCUACCCCUUUGUCCACAAGGAGAAGGUGCCGAUGGUGCUGGCGGGCAUCGUCUGUUUUGCGGUACCAGCGGUCAUCAUCUUCCUGGUCGCCCUUAUACUGGUGCCAGGCCCAGCGGUGCCAAAAGGAACGCCAAAGAACCUGAUCUGGAAGAGAAAGCUUUGGGAAUGGCAUAUGGGGUGGCUCGGGCUUGCCCUGUCACUUGCAUCCGCGUUCCUCAUCACCAAUGGCAUGAAGAACCUGUUUGGAAAACCCCGACCAGACUUGAUAUCUCGAUGUCGUCCAGACCUGGCCAAUAUCGCCUUGUAUGCAACAGGAGGGGUCAACUCGACUCAUGCAGGCUUCAACUUGGUCACCGCGGCUAUCUGCACAAACCCAGACAAGGCCGAACUAGACGACGGAUUCCGUAGCUACCCAUCGGGCCAUUCAUCAUUCGCUGCUGCUGGAUUGAUAUACCUCAGCCUCUUCCUGGCGUCAAAGCUCGCCAUCACCAUUCCCUUCCUCAGCCCUCGAGCCUACUCCGACGACCGAUCCUACCUCUCUCCCUUCCCUUCACACGCCCAAAGAAUCGCUGCGGGUAGCUCUGGCAUCAUCAGGCCAGUAGAGAAGCGCACGCUAUCCUCAUCCAGCGACCAAGCAGAACACCCCUCCGGCCACAAUGCAGCUUUUAUUGCCGCCCGCAACGAAGCUGCAGCACCGCCAGUUUAUCUCCUGGCCGUCGCUAUAAUUCCCUGGUUCGCUUCGAUCUAUAUCUCAUCCACCCGCUAUUCUGAUUUCAGGCACCAUGGAUUCGAUAUCUUAUUCGGAUAUUUUAUUGGCUUAGUCUGCGCAAUCUUCGCAUUCAGAUACUAUCAUUUGCCGAUUGGUCAAGGCGCAGGGUGGGCAUGGGGCCCACGAAGCAGGGAUCGGAGUUUCUGGGCGGGAAUUGGAGUAGGAAGCUAUGCUGGGACCAACAGGCGCUCGGGUGGUGUUUUAGACCCCGAGGUAGACCUGGAGUCCGGGCCAGAGCGACGGGCGACCAAUGAUGUGGGUGAAGCUGGAGAGAACGGAAAUGCCGUCUAG